GCUCAUAUUGGUUGGAAGAAGAAGCGGUAAAAUAGGAAGCAAAAGAACAAAAGACGUUUCAUGUCGGGACUCGAAAAAGUUCAGAGUAAUGAAAUUCAAAUGUCUAGGUUUCUGAAGAAAACACACAGCACACACAGUGAUCAGUGAGGAAAUCGGAGAAGAAGAAGAAGAAGAUGGAAGGUGGUCACGGCGGUGCCGACAAGACGGCGUUCACGGAAUGCUUCCGGCGAUCCAUUGCUUCUCCCUACAUCAUGCGCCUCGCUCUAUCUGCCGGAAUCGGCGGCCUCCUCUUCGGCUACGACACAGGUGUGAUUUCUGGAGCUUUGCUGUAUAUUCGAGAGGAGUUUGAGGAAGUUGACAAGAAAACAUGGCUUCAGGAGAACAUUGUGAGUAUGGCUGUAGCAGCAGCUAUAAUUGGUGCUGCAGUUGGAGGAUGGAUGACAGACAAGCUGGGGAGAAGGAAAUCAAUUCUGAUUGCUGAUGUUUUGUUCAUUGUUGGAGCUAUUGUCAUGGCGGCUGCUCCGGCUCCGUGGGUCAUCAUUCUCGGGCGAAUCUUUGUCGGUUUGGGUGUUGGAAUGGCUUCCAUGAAUGCUCCCUUGUACAUCUCUGAAGCUUCUCCUGCUAAGAUCAGAGGAGCCUUAGUUUGCAUUAAUGGUUUCCUCAUCACUGGUGGCCAGUUCCUCUCAUACCUCAUCAACUUGGCUUUCGCUAAGACAUCUUGGACAUGGCGUGGUAUGCUUGGAGUGGCUGCAAUUCCAGCUUGUUUUCAGUUCAUUUUGAUGUGUUUCCUUCCUGAGUCACCAAGAUGGCUCUUCAGAGAGGGAAAAGAAGAUGAAGCUAGGAAAAUCCUAACAAAAGUUUACCCCCCUGGUGAGGUUGAAGAUGAGAUGAGUGCUAUGCAAGAAUCUGUAAGAGCAGAGAAGGAAAUGGAAGCCUCAAUGGGGAAUCAUUUCACAGAAAAAUUGAAGAGAGCAUUGUCAACCCCGGCGAUUCGAAGAGCUUUGUAUGCAGGCAUUGCAGUUCAAGUAGUUCAGCAGUUCGUAGGCAUCAACACAGUCAUGUAUUACAGCCCGACCAUCGUUCAAUUCGCUGGAAUCGCUUCCAACUCAACGGCUCUUGCACUUUCUCUGGUCACUUCUGGGCUCAACGUGGCUGGCACCAUCAUAAGCAUGCUUUUGAUUGAUCGAUUCGGGAGGCGAAAAUUGAUGCUUGUCUCCACUGUUGGAAUCAUUGUGUGUCUUGUGAUUCUUAGUGGUACAUUCUUUCAAGCUGCUAAGCAUGCUCCUGGUAUAAGCAACAUGGACACUCUGAGCUUUGGAGGGAAUUCUUCAUGCCCGGCCUAUACAAAGGCCUCAGAUACUUCUUCAUGGAACUGCAUGACUUGUUUGAAAGUACAAUGUGCCUACUGUGCUCAUGGUGAUGAUGAAUUUUUGCCAGGAGCAUGUUUGGCAUCAGACAAGACUGUCCGAGAAACAUGUCGUGGACAGCACCGAGUCUGGUUUUCCGAGGGCUGUCCAAGUAGAAUCGGUAUCCUGGCUGUUCUAAUCUUGGGAUUGUACAUCCUUGCAUAUGCUCCUGGGAUGGGAACAGUGCCUUGGGUUCUGAACUCUGAGAUAUAUCCAUUGAGAUUCAGAGGAGCAGGAGGAGGCAUAGCUGCAGUUGCAAACUGGGCUGCAAAUCUCAUCGUGAGUCAAUCAUUCUUGAGCAUGAUCGAGGCGCUCGGCUCAGCCGGCACAUUCCUCUUGUUUGCUGGAUUCUCUUUUGUUGGACUUGUGGUUAUGUACCUCUUAGUGCCUGAAACCAAAGGUCUUCAGUUUGAGGAGGUUGAGGAAUUGCUUACCAACGGAUUCAGACCAUUCCCAUUUGACAGGAAGAAGAAGAAUGAGAAUGGUAAGUUAGGUGAUAAGGCCUCUCCUUGAUGAUGAUGCCACAGUUUUGGCUCUUACCUUCCAAAACAAGUAAAUAAGCAAUGAAUGUUUGUAUUAUUUUGGUUCUAAUUAUUUCUGGUGUUGGAGCCAAACUAAUUUGUAGGACUGUCUAAUGUUUGUGGAUAACAGUUUGUAAAAUUUAUUAAGAAGUUUGAUAGAAUAUUCUGAAUCAUGUAGAAUGUUGUAAGGAGUACUAGAGCAUGAUAUAACUCAAGGUUGCCUGAA